GCCGCAGUGGCUGUUCUCGCUGGAGCGAAGGAGCUUCCCUGGCUUGGUCUUGGUGUCGGUGGGGAUGUUCCUGUCAGAGGCAGGCGCCAGGCCGCGAGCAGGCGAAAUCAGCGCCUCAGAACGCAGGAAAUGGGUGGAAGUAGGUAUUUAAAGCAUGUGAUGAAGACAACAAAGGCUACUUAAGCCGGGAAGACUUUAAGGUUGCGAUUGUAAUGCUGUUUGGGUACAAACCCUCCAAGAUAGAAGCGGAUGCUGUGAUGUCCUCAGCAAAUCCCGACACUUCUGGUGUAUCACUUGAGGGGUUUUUAAAUGUCGUACAGAGAAAGAAGGAGGCGCAGCUCUAUCGGAAUGAGAUAAGGCACAUCUUCACAGCAUUCGACGUGCACUAUCGUGGAUUUUUAACUCUAGAAGAUUUCAAAAGGGCGUUUAGUCAAGUGGCUCCCAAGCUGCCGUCGAGGACAGUGCUGGAGGUGUUCAGGGAGGCAGAUCAAGACUCAGAUGGUCACGUCAGCUUCCGAGACUUUGAAUACGCCAUGAACCAUGGGAAAGCAAAAUGAGCCAGGCCGGACACUUGUGAACUACUUCUGGAGAACCUGUGCAGAUGGAUGAACUGUAAUCUAGUAAUCACACAGACCACACUCUAGGAAGGGCAUGACACUGUGUACUUGUGCGUUAACUCUUAGCUAUAGGUUUGGAAUGUUGAUAUUGGACCUAGAGGUGGGACUCUCCUUCUGUGUCUCUACCAGCCCAGUGGGUUUCGGGGGGUUUUCCCUUCCUACUCUAGUCAGCUCUGCCUCCUCCACACUGUGAGUUGAAGGCUCUGCUCACUCCACAUGGGUCCCUCGCUCUCAUCAGCUCCGGGGAGGGUUCGCUUUGCUCUGCUAGUGGUGUCACUGCCAUUCACUUGCUCCACCUUGGCUGAAGGUCAAGCUUCCUGAGUCCAAGCCAUGAGCCAGUGCUGGGAAAACAGAGACUUCCUCAGACAAUGUCCCCGGAGUAGCGAUCGGUGCACAGGGCACCAGUGUGCACAGCAUAGGAAGCAGCUCGUGUGGGCGCCAGCAUUCUUCAUACAGAGAAGGCCAGAAUGCAGUUGGGGUCUUAAUGGGCAGAAGGGUGUGAUUUUUGGGUCCCUUUAGCAUAGCCUGGGCCUGAGCCUGGGCUUCUUCCUUCAGAGCAGCCGGCUGGAGAAGCGGGCCAGCAGCCCUCUGCUGCAUACUUCCAGUUCUGGGUAGUUUUGCCGAGUACCUGGAGAUUCAGCCAUCCUAGGGUUAGGAGGCUCUACAUCCCGCCAUGCCCCAGCGCGCCGGUGACUACCUUCCCGGACCUCAUGGAGGCACAACAUAGCAUCUACUAAAAAGAAUUCUGAAAUACUGAUAUUAUCACUGUAAGUGUUUCACAACAUUAACAUUUGUAAAAUAAUUAAUGUAAUUUAUGUCUCUAAAGUGUUAAACAUUAAAAGAUCAAGUAAAAAUAUAAA